CGCUGACGGUCGGACAGUUCGUGAUCGCGUUCGCAUUCGAGCAAACAGCAGCGCUUGUGGAGAGUGCCGUAUCGAUUCAUACCAACCAUGCUUGGCAAAGCAUUCGUUUUGUGUGGUUUCCUUGUUUUGGGGGCGCACUGCGAUGUCUACAGCGACUUCUUCAACAGCUUCGCCGACCCAGACAACUUCAACAGACCGCAGAUCUUCGCCCAACCAAGGGUGGCCAUAAAUCCGGAGGCCGAAGUUCUAAGUGAAAAAGACAGAGAACCACUCAGCCCCGAUUACAAAGACCCCGUCGGCUCAGGAAGCGACCAAACCCCGGUACUAAAGCCGAAACCUCACGCCUCCAAACCAACAUUACCAGGGUUCAACCCAGGCUUCCCCAACGGAGUGGUGGACGUGGACGCCAACGGCUUCGCUCCCAACUUCAACUUCGGAGGCUUCGACAGGGCCGACUUCGACUUGAGCGGCUUCGGAUUGAGACCCAGGCCACCAAACACCGGCGUUCUCGGCUUCGGCGGCUUCUUCGGCCCCGACGUGAAGCCAUGGUGGAAAGGUGAAAACGUGUGUGUAGAACGCUCCGAAAGCACCGAUGAUGAUGACGAUGACGACGAAGAUGAUGGUGAAGAUAAGAAGAACGCCACUGAGAAGCAAACUCCUCUGAACUUGUUCGCAACUACCAUUAGGUUGUCCAACUGUCAAGAAACUGAAAACAAAUAUGAAUGUGUCACCAAAAUUAACAACCACGGAGUGUUCAAGACCUUCACAGUCGUCUACAAAUGUUGCUACGGCUUCAAGAGGGAAAACGGAGGAGUUGGUUGCACCAAACAGGUGGAACUGAAGCCGAUCUUGGAAACACUAGACGACUUGAGCAUAAAAGAAUUCAAGAACUUGAUUGCAUCCGCCGGAUUGGAAGAGCAAUUCGCCAAGGAAAAUUUAACUGUCUUCGCUCCAACCGACAAUGCCUUGGCUGAUUACCAAGAAGAAAUGACCGGACUGAACAAUGUGGAUCCAGCACGAAGACGCCGCGCCGUGAAGAACGCCUAUUCUUCAAAGGACGUCGUAUUGAAUCAUGUGACCCCCGGUUUCGUCGACUUAACGGAGCUGGCUAACGAAGACUUAAUUUACAGCGAAAACAACAACAAUUCCAUUCGUAUCAACAUCUACCCAACCCACUCCUUCGAAAAAAUGUUGACCGUGAACUGUGCUAGAGUAAAGAAGAUCAACAACUUGGCCAAAAACGGUAUCGUGCACAUAAUCGACUCUACCAUUGAACCAGCUACUCAAACAAUUGAAGACAUCAUCAAAGAACAUCCAAAACUCACCAACUUCAGACAAGUAUUUGAAAAAACCAACAUCAAGAAGUACAUGAAACUGGACGGCCAUUACACAGUUUUCGCUCCAACUGACGCCGCCUUCGCUAAACUGGACGAAAUCCAGAAGCAGAAGAUCCUUAAAGGAGAUGCAUGCGCCCCAAGCAUCAUUAAGCACCACAUCACUGCUCACACUGUGUGUUCUUCCGCAAUCAUCGGUAAUGCCACCACCCAUAACGUUGAAGGUGACGUUUUGAAUAUGGAGAGGACGGCCGAAGAUGAUCUUAUCUUCGAAGGAAAGGCUAACAUCGUUGAAAUUGACAUCAUGGCAACCAACGGUGUAAUUCAUCUGAUUGAUACUGUCAUCAUUCCGGAAUCUGCACUCUACAUCGGCAACGUUUUGAAGGCUCAGAACUUCACCAAAUUCCAAGACAUUGUCGAGAAAGCUGGACUGACCGAUGAAAUUAACAACUUGGUUAACGCCACCGUUUUCGUACCAGCCGAUGAAGCUUUCGAAAGACCAGAAGCUCAAAGACUGUUGGAGCAAAUCGGAGACGACAAGGAGAAACUCCAGGAGAUCGUCAGGUACCAUACUAUCGAAGGCCAGUUGCAGUCCUGCGACAUGAGCAACAACGAAAGGUUGAUCACCAACGACGGCGAGAAGGAACUGAGGGUUAACCUGUACUCAACUCUCCCAAUAUUCUCAAACGUAGUCAACAGAGCAACCGUAAACUGUGCAAGACUCAUCGGCUUUGAUGAAAAGGCUUGCGGAUCCACCGUUCAUGAAGUAAACCGCCUCCUGGUGCCCCCAACCAAAUCCAUCUUGGACGUGAUUAACUCAAACGAAAAGUACUCCACUUUAAGGGACGUCAUUAAGGGAACUGAAGUUGAGGAGCUUUUGGGACAACAAAACAGAUCGCUCACCUUGUUGGCACCAACUGAUGAAGUUUUCGCUGCCUUGGAUGAGAGCGACCGCAAACAACUGUUGGAGGACAAGGAAAAGGCCAACAACUUCUUAAAGGGACAUGUACUAACUGAGGUUCUUUGCUGUGCCGGUGUUGGACCACAUUCCUGGGGCUUCAACAGUCUCGUGCCAACUUUGUCCCACAGUCACUACGAAUUCGGUCGUACUGGCUCACAAAUUCGUAUCAACCGUGCCGUUGUGACGAGCUGCGACAACUUGGCGACAAACGGUGUCGUUCACUCCAUCAACAAAGUGAUGUUGCCAACUCGUGCCGGUAUACCUUCGAUUGCCGGAGGAUUCUUCCUAUUUGAUUUGUAAGAUUAUUCCAGAGUGAAUGAAUUAUUUUAUAUUUUUAUACUAGAUAGAAGUAUAUUUGAUAUUUUCAGUUAGUGAUAUUAUAUAUUCGUAUGUUGAAUGUAUGACUGAAACGACAAGUCCCCUAAUUUUAUAAUUGAAUUAUUUAAAUAAUUAUUUAUUGUUCAAAUAAGAGUUUUAAUUUAAAUAAAUUUAGUUUUAAUA